AUGGCAACCAUUCAAGAACUCCAGACUUGCUCAACUGAGGCCGAUUUCAAGACAGCCUCCGACACGGCCAAGAAGUGGUUUGCAGACAUUUUGGCUGAAAAUUGGACAGAGACAUCUAAAGGCGACGUCCAAGUUUAUGACAAGCCAUCUAACAAUUACCACCACUUCAUCUUAACAAAAACAGACUCCAAAUUAACACCACAGGCCUUUUUUGAAAAGGUAACCAAAGCUACAGUUGAUGAAAUUCACAACUACGACAAGGGACUUGUGUCCAACGAAGUCAUUGAAAAAAUUGGUGACAUCAAUGUGACCAAACAAGUUAACAGUGCUCCAUGGCCUGUAGCUGCUCGUGAAUUUAUUUCCGUUGAACUUGAGUAUGAGGAGAAUGGUGUCUACUACAUCAUAAGCAGAAGUAUCAACUAUCCAAAGUGUGAUACUGUUGGAAAAGGUUAUGUGAGAGGACUCAAGUUCUUUGGUAUGAAAUUCACACCAAAAGAAGGCGGAUGCUCCAUAGAAAGAGUCUUGGAAGUUGACCCCAAAGGGAGUGUAGUAUCCAUUGCCGUGAGUUCAUCAAAGAAGGAAGACGCAACACGACUUGCUAAUAUGAAAAAGUACUUCGAGUCUCAUUAA